UGUUCUGGAGGUCUGAGCAUGAAACGUGGAAAGAUUGUAACCGCAGUAGCGGGGGCGUUGCUGCUGAUUCUCAUACUGUCACUAAGCCUGCACUUCAAGCAGAGGCCAAAGAAGCCAUCGGUCCACUCCUAUCUCAGAGCAGCUGUCGCCACAGAUGCAGCAAAGUGCUCGCAGAUUGGCAGGGACAUUCUCCAGCAGAACGGGUCAGCAGUCGAUGCGGCCAUUGCCAGCAUGCUAUGUGACGGGCUGCACAACGCACACAGCAUGGGGAUUGGAGGAGGCUUCUAUAUGAUCAUUUAUGACGCAGUGAAAGGAACAGUCGAUGUAAUUGAUUCUAGAGAAGUGGCUCCAGGAAGUGCAACACGAGAUAUGUUUGUCAAUGGCAAAAGUGACCUGUCUCAAAAAGGAGGAUUGUCCAUAGCCAUCCCUGGAGAAAUCAGAGGAUACCAACUUGCUCACCAACGGCAUGGAAAGUUAGACUGGAAACAGUUAUUUGAGCCAAGUAUCAAACUUGCCAAAGAAGGAUUUCCCGUUGGCCGAGCUCUUGCAGCAGCUAUACAGGAAUCUAAGGAGACCAUUGAGAACAACGCGUCCUUAUGUGAGGUGUUCUGUAAAAAGGAUGGUACCAUUCUCCAGGAGGGCGAAAUCAUCACAUUCCCAAAACUGGCUGCAACCUAUCAGGUGCUGGCAGAUGAAGGUGCUGAUGCAUUUUACGAAGGAUCCCUGUCCGAGCAGAUUGUGGCUGACAUCAGGAAUGCAGGUGGCAUUAUCACUCUGGACGACCUGAAGUCCUACACUCCUCGGUCAAUGAAAAACCCGGUGAAGCUGAAACUCGGAGACUACACGCUGCUCACACCCAACGUGCCCGCUAGUGGCCCAGUGCUGGCACUGAUUCUGAACAUUCUGAAGGGUUAUAACUUCAGCUCGGACAGCGUUUCCACGUCGGCACAGAAAGCUUUGACCUAUCACCGAAUUAUUGAAGCCUUUAAGUUUGCAUACGCAUGGAGGAGUAAACUAGGAGAUCCCCGAUUCAUCAACAUCAAUGGGUACCACCCGCAUAGCGUCAGUGGGCCAGCCCCCCAGUCUGUUGUCUGA